ACAAUUAGCUUAUAUGUGUGAAAAUGGCUGACCUCGAGAAUAUGGAGAAUAUUGCGGAAGCAAUAAGAUUAACUCAAAAAAUACGAGCCAGUGUUUCCCGAACGUUUUCAGAUUUAUCAAACGGCUUUCAUAACUCGCAGGGGAAUGAGAAAAAGUGCCUGAAUGAUCUUCAGAAGUCUUUAUUAGCUAUCAAUAAUGAUUAUAAUGCUUUAGAAAAAGUUGGCAAUAGUCUGAACCCCAUUGAUCGUGUGACCAACAGUUUUAACUUAAGCCUUGACCCUGGUAUUGAUAAAACUCCUCUAUAUUCACAGCUGUUAUAUACUCAUAAAUGGAUAACCAAGACUCUUGAGCUCUCCAACCAAGCUUUCUCCAUCUUGAAUCAAAGCCCACUUCACCGAUCAGUGUAUGCUAGUGCUAGCUCUAAACGAUUGCGCCGUCAGUCUCCAAUUAGUCAUUCUGUUUCAACAAAUGCUCUUGAUGUCUGUUUAACAAACUGGGAUCGAUCUUUUCCAGAUAUGUCUUUUUCUAUUCUACGUCCUUUAGGCAACUGUGGAGUGGUUCAGGUGACUGUUGGCCGUGCUAUGAAUGUUCUGGUCAUUCUUAGGGGUUUGAUUAUUGAAUGGGUUCGAGUUAAAGGUUUCACAGAAGACUUUUUUGCAGAUGAUGGAAAAAUAAAUGUAUGGUCCAAGUCAAAAUAUCAAGUAUUUCAAAUGGUUACAGACCAUGCAAGUGCUGCCAUGCUGCAUUUCUACUCUCCAGUUAUUCCAGAUGUUGCUGUUAAGUCAUUCUUAACCUGGCUGCAAAAAUAUAGUACAUUAUUCUCUGCUUCUUGCCAUAAAUGCAACCGUUAUUUACAGAGCGGGCUUCCACCCACAUGGCGAGACUUCCGGACAGGAGAGCCCUAUCAUGAAGUCUGUCGAGGUUAAGAAAAGGACUUAGCUCCAUUUAGAAUCAACUUGCUGUCCUUUAAUUAGCAAAUUUUUAAACAUGAAAGAAAUUUGAGAAACGGCAAUUAAAUAACAUUGCUGUUAAAAUUGAUUUGGAGAACUUUGCAUGGUUUUAUUUAUUCCAAACUUCACAGUUACAGUCAGCAGUGUUUUCCAAUGGAAGUGGACAAUAUUUAAGUUGUAUAAUGUAUCCCAUUCUUUAAGACAUAAAUCUCAUAUACAUGUAUAAAGAAAAUAAAAAAUCUGGUUUUACUAAGCAUUCUCUAUUUCAGGUAAAAUGUUUGUUGACACAAUUUGACUCACUUGCUAAACUAGGGUGUUAGUCUCUUUACUCUGAUGUAGUCAUAUAGCAACAAUAUGUUGUCUGUGAAUUGAAUAAAAAAAAAAAAAACACUAAAUCUUAGCAAAAUGUUUUUAUUUAAUUUACCAACUUUUCAGAGAAUCUGAAUCACCCAUCAGCUACAUUCUUAAGGAGUUGAUACUGGAAACAUGUUUGCUUGCUUGAUGGGGCUGGGGUCAACUCAGGUUAAUGGUCCCAGGGACAUCAUCAUGUGUAGAGCCAACCUGGUCCACCAUGGUCCUAUGCCAGCCUCUGCAUCCUCCAAAAAUAUAAUACUAUGACACCCAUCACUUGUGAAUGGGUGUCUUAUUUGGAUAAGACCAUCAUUGCAAUUUUUCAUUUUGUCUUUUGUGUCCAUGUUCCGAUGUUUGUAUAGAUGUAGUUUUGCUGGAGCAAUUAUUUACACAACUGGGUUUCCUUACUGCCAACCAUGAAGAGUGGAGUUUAGGCAAACUGGAACAAGUAGAAUUAUAAAACAAUAACAGUGGAAAGAUUUGAACUUCUGACUCUGUAGUCAGUUGUCCUGUCUGUUAACCUUCCAGUCAUUUAAUUUAUUUAAAAAUUUACUGUUUAUAAUGGCACUAUUUUCAUUUCUUUAUUUAUAUAAAAAAAAUAUGUAUAAGCAUGAA